AUAUGCAGAUAUGCCAGCUCACCACCAAUAUACCAAACCAAAAGUCUGAUAAAUCAGAUGAUCUCCAGAUCAGCAGCGUUUACUGUUCAACAACUGCAUCAAUCGCUAAAUUUGUACUUCUGGAUGGAUCUGUUGAACAAAAUGAUGAAGGAAACAUAGAAGUGGGAGAAAAUGGAGGUAAAGAUGAUUUGAAACAAGAAAACAACAUAGAGGAUGAGAAAAGACACACAGAACAAGAAGAAGAUGGAAAACCCAUGGCUAAAACAUCUCAAACUGACAUACGUGAGGAUUGUGAGGGUUCAGGAAAGGAUGCAGAGGAAACUAAUAACCCUGAAACAGAAACAAAAGAUAGAGGAGAUACAGAUGAAGUAAACGAAGGAGGACAGACAUCAGAAACAGCAGAAACACUGAUAGCAUCCCAGACGACUGCUGAUAGAACCACUGAACAGAGCUACAAACUGCAGGUCAACGACUUCAUGGGCGAUAAGUCGGGUUUGUCUGUCGGUGAGACUUCAAACUUCUCUCAACAUCUCUCUCAGAACAUGAUAGAGAAGGUUUCUAGCCAUGAGAUCAGAAAAGACGGACAUUCUCUCUGUUUGGAUGAGCACCAAAGCGACAACCAGGAACCAAACUCUAUCAUUCAAGAGGUUUCUGGACUCCUGAAUCAGUCCAGUAGCUCAGAGAUGAAUGCUGCACCGUUACCUGGUCGGUCAGAUGUUAUCCAAGAGUUGGAGAUGAGUCGAGAACGAACAGAAACAUGUAUACUUACCGACAACACUACAGACACCAAGCAAGAAGAUGAAAUGUCUGAUACAUGUGUGAGAAAAAUGGCCGAACUACACCCUCAAAGUCAGGAAACCUCAAAGCAGGAGGAGUCUGUGGUGAAUGAUGAUAAAAAUGGUGAUUAUGAAGGUCAGUCAAACAUAGACAAACAUGAAGACAAAGCCUGCAAGACCAGACAAACACCAAAAGAUGCUGAUGUUGAUAUCACCAUGACUGCUGUGGACCUUGAUUCUGGAAGUUGUCAGGAUCAUGUGAAGAGCAACAAAACAGAAGAUUCAGGAGAUGUAAAGACAACUAAAAGUGAAAAAGACCAAGCUUCUGGCAGCUCAAAACACCAUGAUCAUCAUCUGUUCAGAGAAACGCUGUUUGAUGACUCUUUCCCCACAACUAAGACUUACAGGCCGUUAUUUGACUGGAGCAAAACUAAAUCUGAUGUCCUUCAACAGUCAGUCCAGGGAUCUUCUUUUUCGUCUGAGCCAAAUCUAACUGAUCCUGAUGGAUUCCUCAGACAUCCUUCCUGCACAAUCCCCGCAUUCCUGAAAAGCAAGCACAGCAAAGGCCCCUUGGUGAUUAUGAGGGCGUUGGAUCUGCUGAAUGCCUCCAGUGUCUCCGGGACGUCGGCUUCUUCCCCGAGGAAACGCCGGCAGGACGGAUGGAAAGCAACAGAAGGGAUGUACAGACAGACGACAGCAGAUAUGGACGGCAGAGUUCCCACCUCCUGCAGCAAACGGUCGUCAUCAGAAUUUCUGAGAACCCCGACUUCUCCGUGUGGUCAUGAACUCUGAUCGGACUUGAGGAGUGUCCAGGCUGCAGCAGGAUUCCCGGUUUUUUGCCCCCCCGGUGUAAAAAUAGCCUCCCUGUACCCCGGUGUGCUGCCCUG